GGCGGCGGAGGCGGCGCCACCGGCACCGCGGGAGCGGCGCGGAGAGGCCUGGCCAGGCCUGCGCCUCCUUCUCGCUACUCUUCUUGCACCCUUUGCUUUCGGACAGUGGCGGAUUAGAAGACAACUCUGAAGAUGUUCAACAAGUCCUUUGGGACCCCCUUUGGGGGUAGCACUGGAUUUGGGACCUCUUCCACCUUUGGACAAAGUGCUGGCUUUGGUACCACCAGUGGGGGAGCCUUUGGCACCUCAGCCUUUGGCUCCAACAGCAACACAGGAGGCCUCUUUGGGACGACCCAGACUAAGCCAGGAGGAUUGUUUGGUUCCAGCACCUUCAGCCAGCCUGCCACCUCCUCCACCAGCACAGGCUUUGGCUUUGGCACUUCCACUGGCACCUCCACCAGCCUCUUUGGCACCACCAGCACUGGGGGAGGCCUCUUCUCCUCCCAGAACAAUGCCUUCACCCAGAACAAACCUGUUGGCUUUGGAAACUUUGGAACCAGCACCAGCAGUGGAGGCCUCUUUGGAACCACCAACACCACCUCCAACCCUUUUGGAAGCACUUCUGGGUCUCUCUUUGGGCCAACCAGCUUCACAGCAGCUCCUACUGGGACAACCAUCAAGUUCAAUCCCCCAACUGGCACUGACACCAUGGUCAAGUCUGGGGUGAGCACCAACAUCAACACCAAGCACCAGUGCAUCACAGCCAUGAAGGAGUACGAGAGCAAGUCCCUGGAGGAGCUUCGUUUGGAGGACUACCAGGCCAACAGGAAAGGUCCUUCCAACCCAGUUGGAGCAGGAGCAGCUGCUGGGCUCUUUGGAUCUUCCACAGCCACAUCCAGCACAGCCACAGGGCUCUUUGGCUCCUCCACCACCAACACAGGAUUCUCCUAUGGCCCCAACAAAACUGCCUUUGGCACCAGCACAACUGGCUUUGGGACAGGGACCACAGGAGGUCUCUUUGGCCAACCCUCCCAGACCUCCAGCUUGUUCAGCAAACCCUUUGGCCAACCAACCACGACCCAGAACACAGCUUUCUCCUUUGGGAACACCAGCCUGGGGCAGGCCAACACUAACACCAUGGGUCUCUUUGGGGUCACCCAACCUUCCCAGACUGGCAGCCUCUUUGGAAGCCCUGCAAACACCAAUGCUGGCACUGGCUUUGGCACUGGCACUGGGCUCUUUGGACAGGCCAGCACAGGCUUUGGGGUCGGUGGCUCGACCCUGUUUGGAAACAAACCAGCUGGAUUUGGAACCACCACCACCAGUGCUCCCUCCUUUGGCACCACCACUGGUGGAGGCCUCUUUGGUUUUGGUGCCAACACCACUGGGAACACUUUGUUUGGUAACAAGCCUGCAACAGGGACCCUGGGGACUGGCCUUGGGACUGGCUUUGGGACAGCUCUUGGAGCAGGCCAGACCUCCCUGUUUGGCAACACCCAACCCAAGCUGGGUGGAACCCUUGGGACAGGAGCAUUUGGAGCUCCAGGCUUCAACACUUCUACAGCAACCCUGGGCUUUGGAGCUCCUCAGCCUGCUGUGGCCCUGACAGACCCCAGUGCCUCUGCUGCCCAGCAGGCCCUGCUCCAGCAGCACCUCAACAGCUUGACCUAUUCCCCCUUUGGAGACUCUCCACUCUUCAGGAACCCCAUGGCAGACCCCAAGAAGAAGGAGGAGAGGCUGAAGCCGACCAACCCCGCAGCUCAGAAGGCUUUGACCACCCCGACCCACUACAAGCUGACUCCCCGGCCUGCCACCAGGGUGCGGCCCAAGGCCCUGCAGUCUGCAGGCUCAGCCAAGUCUCAGCUCUUUGAUGGCCUGGAUGAUGAUGAGCCUGCCCUCUCCAACGGGGCCUUCAUGCCCAAGAAGAGCAUCAAAAAGUUGGUGUUGAAGAACCUCAACAGCAGCAAACUCUUCUCCCCUGUCAGUCGUGAGAAUGAGGACCUGGCUUCUCCUUCAGAGUACCCAGAGAAUGGAGACAGGUUCUUCCUGUCGGUGCCCCCGGAGGAGAACCACCGAGCCGACGGGGAGCGAGAGGAGGAGGAGGAGCAGCAGCAGCAGGAGGUGACUCGCUUCUACACCAACCCCAUAGCCAAGCCCAUCCCUCAGAGCCCAGAGAGCUCUGCCCACAAGCACCACAACAACGUGGAUGACACCAUCGUGGCCCUCAACAUGAGGGCAGCCCUGAGGAAUGGGCUGGAGGGCAGCAGUGAAGAUGCCUCCUUCCAGGAGGAUUCCCUCCAGGACGAGCGGGAGGAGGAGCCAGAAGCCAUCCAGCACCCUCAUCCUGCUGGGAUCGUGCUGACCAGAGCCGGGUACUACACCAUCCCCUCUCUGGAGGAGCUCUCUGCCUACACCAACGAGCACAACGAGUGCGUGGUCAGCGACUUCACCAUCGGCCGCAGAGGUUAUGGAUCCAUCUACUUCGAGGGAGAAGUGAACCUGACCAACCUCAACCUGGACGAGAUCGUCCACAUCCGCCGCAAGGAGGUCAUCGUCUACCCUGACGAUGAGAAGAAGCCUCCCAUUGGGGAGGGUCUGAACAGACGUGCUGAGGUCACCCUGGAUGGUGUGUGGCCCACAGAUAAGACCUCCAGGUGCCUGAUCAAGAGCCCAGAACGCUUGGUGGAGAUGAACUAUGAGGGCAGGCUGGAGUCGGUGUCCCGCAAGCAGGGAGCUCGCUUCAAGGAGUAUCGCCCAGAGACAGGCUCCUGGGUCUUCAAGGUUGCUCACUUCUCCAAGUAUGGCCUGCAGGACUCAGAUGAGGAUGAGGAAGAUAACUCUUCCAAGGUGGACACCAAGAAGCUCAAAACCACUCCCAUGCCACCUCCAGGACUUCUCCCACCCCAACAAAUGACCCUCAAUGGCAAACCAACCCCUCCAGCUCAGAGCCCAGAGGUGGAGCAGCUGGGCAGGGUGGUGGAGCUGGACAGUGACAUGGCAGACAUCACCCAGGAGCCUGCCCAGGAGCCUGCUGGAGAAGACAACCUGGCUGAGGAGCAGGAGGUGCUUCCUGCUUCCACCCACAUCGCCUCCACCCUGGGGGUCAACCCCUACGCCCUCCAGAUCAUGAAAGCAUCACUGCUGGCUGAUGAAGAUGACCUUGAUUGGAUCCUGGAUCGUCAUCACCUUGGGAAGCCACCUCUCAAGAUGGACACUUCCCAGGAGAUCUGUUCUCCCAGGCUUCCUAUCUCCAGGUCCCAAGGCCAGAAGAGAUACUCAGUGGGUGGCCUCCUGCAGUCCAAAUUUGCCAGCCUCCUGCACUCCCCAGCUGCUGCUCCUCAAGCUUUCAAGGCCCUGAAGACACCCAGCAGUCCUCCUCCUCCUCCUGCCCCCUUUCCCAGCAGCCUCUGGGCAGCAGCUCCCGCCUCCCCCUUGGCCGCCCCCUUGGCGCUGCCGCCGGGGCCGCCCGAGGCGCAGGUGAAGAGCGUGGGGGUGAGGAGGCAGCAGGGCCUGGUGCCCCUGGAGAUGUCCAUCACCUACGGCAAGGGCAGGCUGCUGAUGGACAUGGGGCUCUUCAUGGGGCGCUCCUUCCGCGUGGGCUGGGCGCCCGACUGGACCCUGGCGCACUGCGGGGAGCCGCUGAGCGGCGCGGCCGGCGGAGAGGAUCCCGCGCGCGGGGCUCCGGACCGCGGCUUCCCGCCGCCCCCUCUGCCUGCCAGACCGCUCUCAGAAUCACCUUUCAAGGUGCACCUGGAGAAGCUGAGCUUAGGCCAGCAGAAGGUGGACAGAGCCCAGCAGCUGUACCUCACCCCCCUGGAGAUCCAGCUGAGGCACAGCACUGUCCACAUGGAUGAGAACUGUCCUCUCCUGGCUCCCAACCCAGGGGUUGCUGCUGUCCAUGACUAUGCCAGCUGGGUCAGGAAGGCCUCUGAGGACCCUGCUGGGGCAGAAGCUGUUGUGAAGCAUUGGUGCUUGACCUGGACUUUAUGUGAAGCUCUCUGGGGCAACCUGAAGGAGCUGGAGGCCAGCUUGGAGGAGCCCAAGGAGUACAGCCUGGCCCUGCAGAGGAGAAAAGCCUUCUCCAGGUGGCUGUCGGAGACAGCUGCUGGCCGCAUCCAGCAGGAGGUCUCCUUGGCUCACCACAGCCACCACCUGGAGGCUGUCUUCAGCUACCUGACUGGCAAGAGGGUUGGGGAGGCCUGCAGGGUGGCCCAGCAGGCAGGUGACCACAGGCUGGCUCUGCUCCUCUCCCAGUUGGCUGGAAGCCAACCUGUGAGGGACCUCCUGACCAUGCAGCUGGUGGACUGGCACAGGCUGCAGGCUGAUGCCUUCAUCCAGGAGGAGAGGCUGAGGAUCUUUGCUCUCCUGGCUGGGAAGCCUGUCUGGCAGCUGUCAGAGAGGAUCAGCAUCAACGUCUGCUCGCAGCUGGACUGGAAGCGCUGCGUCGCCGUCCACCUCUGGUACCUCCUCCCUCCCACAGCCUCCAUCUCUGCUGCCCUGGAGAUGUAUGAGGAAGCAUUUCAGAACACCCCAGCCAAUGAAAAAUAUGCCUGCUGCCCCCUGCCUCCAUACCUGGAGGACUCUGGUUGUGUCCUAGAAGAUGAAGAUCAGGGAGGAAGACCUCUGAGAGAUGUUUCCUUCCACCUAUUGAAGCUCUACAGUGACAGGCACUACGACCUCGAGCAGCUGCUGGACCCCCGGAGUGUGACCUCAGACCCCCUGGACUACCGCCUCAGCUGGCACCUCUGGGUGGUCCUCAGAGCCCUCAACUUCUCCCACCUGUCCCAGCAGGGCCAGGGGGUGUUGAGUGCAGGCUAUGCUGCCCAGCUGGAGAGCCAAGGUCUCUGGCACUGGGCCAUCUUCAUCCUCCUCCACCAGCCUGACACCAACCUGAGGGAGAAGGCUGUGAGGGAGCUGCUCAGCCGCCACUGCCAGCUGCAGGAGAGCUCAGAGGCCUGGGCCCAGGAGACCUUCCUGACUCAGAGGCUCUGUGUGCCCCCAGCCUGGAUCCACGAGGCCAAAGCAGUCAGGGCCAGGAUGGAAGGGGACAAGCACAAGGAAGCCUUCUUCCUCUUCAAGGCUGGGCACUGGAACCAGUGCCACAAGCUGGUGGUCAGGUACCUGGCUUCAGAUGCCAUCAUCAAUGAGAACUACAAGUACCUGAAGGGCUUCCUGGAGGAUCUGGCCCCAGCAGAGAGGAGUUCCCUGAUCCAGGACUGGGAGGUGGCAGGGUUGGUCUACCUGGACUACAUCCAUGUCAUGGAGAUGGUGGAGAGGAUCCAGCAGCUGGAGUGCUCCACCUACGAGCUGGAGAGGCUGCACACCAAGGUGACCUCGCUCUGCAGCAGGGUGGAGCAGCUGCAGUGCCACGGCGCCAAGGACCGCCUGGCACAGUCAGAGAUGGCCAAGCGCAUUGCCAACCUCCUGCGAGCCGUCCUCAGCCUCCAGCAGCUGCCUGAAGCCCCUCCUGAGCCCCCAGCAGAGCUGCAGAAGGUGCCCCUGGGGCUGCUGGCCCCGCACCUGGGCCGCCUGCCCAUGCCCGAGGACUACGCCCUGGAGGAGCUCCGCGGCCUCACCCAGGCCUACCUGAGGGAGCUGACUCUAUUGACUCACUGAGGGCAGGAGGAGGACCCUUUCCACCCAUGGACAUCGUCCUCAUCAGCCUCACCCUCUUGGCUCCGCCUUGCCCUGCCUUCUGAGGGGUUUCCAACCUCUUCCUGG